AUUGGUGUGAAAGGCACGCGUAGGCAGGCGUCUCCUGUGGUAUUUUUUUAGAGAUCCACGCCUGCGGCGACCGCCGGUCAAUCAGCAGCGAUGGUGGUCCGGUCGUAUGACGAGGAGCUCAAAUACCUGGAGCGCCUGACGCCGCACAGCUGGCGCAUCAAGAAGGGCUUCCAGCCCAACAUGAACGUCGAAGGCGUGUUCUACGUGAACGCGCCGCUGGAGCGGCUCAUGCUGGACGAGCUGCGCAACUCGUGCCGCGCCGGCGCUGUCGGCGGCUUCCUGCCCGGCGUCAAACAGAUCGCCAACGUGGCGGCGCUGCCCGGCAUUGUCGGCCGCUCCGUCGGCCUGCCGGACGUACACGCCGGCUACGGCUUCGCCAUCGGCAACAUGGCGGCGUUCGACAUGUCCAACCCCGCGUCGGUGGUGUCGCCCGGCGGCGUCGGCUUCGACAUCAACUGCGGCGUCCGCCUGCUGCGCACCAACCUCAACUACAAGGACGUGCAGCCCGUCCAGGAGCAGCUGGCGCAGAGCAUGUUUGACCACAUCCCGGUGGGCGUCGGCAGCAAGGGCAUCAUCCCGAUGAACGCCCAGGACCUGGAGGAAGCGCUCGAGAUGGGCAUGGACUGGUCCCUUCGGCAGGGCUACGUUUGGGCGGAGGACAAGGAGCACUGCGAGGAGUACGGAAGGAUGUUGAACGCGGACCCGACCAAAGUCAGCACGCGAGCCAAGAAGCGAGGCCUUCCUCAGCUGGGCACGCUGGGCGCCGGAAACCACUACGCCGAGAUCCAGGUGGUGGACGAGAUCUACGACCCGUGGGCGGCCAGCAAGAUGGGCGUCGAGUUCAAGGGCCAGGUGUGCGUGAUGAUCCACAGCGGCAGCCGCGGGUUCGGUCACCAGGUGGCUACCGACGCCCUGGUGCAGAUGGAGAAGGCGAUGAAGCGCGACAACAUCGCCACCAAUGACCGGCAGCUGGCGUGCGCGCGCAUCAGCUCCAAGGAGGGCCAGGACUACCUGAAGGGCAUGUCGUGCGCCGCCAACUUCGCCUGGGUCAACCGCAGCUCCAUGACCUUCCUCUGCCGCCAGGCGUUCGCCAAGCAGUUCAACAUGGCGCCUGACGACCUUGACAUGCACGUGAUCUACGACGUCUCCCACAACAUCGCCAAGGUGGAGGAACACUUCAUCGACGGCAAACAAAAAACGCUUCUAGUGCACAGAAAGGGCUCGACGCGGGCGUUCCCUCCGCACCACCCGAUGAUCCCGGUGGACUACCAGCUGACCGGGCAGCCGGUGCUCAUCGGCGGCACCAUGGGCACCUGCAGCUACGUGCUCACCGGCACCGAGCGGGGCAUGCUCGAGACGUUCGGGUCGACCUGUCACGGGGCGGGGCGAGCCAUGUCGCGGGCCAAGUCGCGCCGCAACCUAGAGUACCAGCAGGUGCUGGCCAAAAUGAACGAGAUGGGCAUCUCUGUGCGCGUGGCCUCGCCCAAGCUGGUGAUGGAGGAGGCGCCAGAGUCCUACAAGAACGUGACGGACGUGGUGGACACGUGCCACGCGGCCGGCAUCAGCAAGAAGUGCAUCAAGCUGAGGCCGGUGGCCGUUAUCAAGGGCUGAGCCCCCGCCGGUGCGGUGUGACGGGAGACGUGAGGGACCGGCCCGGUGUGCUGGGCGCUCCGGGCCGGGCCGGCGGCCUGUGGAGCCUGGGCGGCCGGUGGG